AUGCUGCCGCAACAUCCAAGUUGGUGGACACUCGAGUCACCAUUUAAAAUUUUACUUUCUCCUUUUUUUCUCACCCACCCACUCUCGCUCUCUCCCUUACUUUGUCCUUUCCUUCUUUCUUUUUAUUUCAUUCUUUCUUUCUCACUUUCCCCCCACACACAUUUUCUCUAUUUUACUUUGUCUUUUACUACUUUCUUUCUUUCUUUCUUUCUCUCACUCUCACACGCCCCCUCUCUCUCUCUCUUUUACUACGUCCUUUCCUUCUUUCUUUCUUUCUUUCUUUCUUUCUUUCUUUCUUUCUUUCUUUCUCACUCUCUCAAACACAAAACGCUCUCUCUUUAUUUCUUACUUUGUCCCUUCUUUCUUCCUUUGUUUCUCGCUCUUUCACACACACACGCUCUCUCUCUCUCUCUCUCUCUCUCUCUCUCUCUCUCUCUUACUUUACCCGUUUCUUUUUUCUUUUUCACUUGCCCACAUACAUACGUACGCUAUCUCUCUCUUUUACUUUGUCUCUUCUUUCUUUCUUUCUUUUUUCUUCCUGACUCUCAAUCUAUCACGCACACACGCUCCUCCCCUCUCUCUCUCUCUCUUACUUUGUCCGUUCCUUCUUUCUUUUUCACUCUCUUAAACACACACUCUCCCUCUCUCUCACUUUUACUUUGUCCGUUCUUUCUUUCUUUCUUUCUUUAUUUCUCACUCUCUCUCACACAGGGGCUCUCUCUCUCUCUCUCUCUCUUUGUCCGUUCUUUCUUUUUUUGCUUCUCGCUCUCUAACAGACAUACUCUCUCUCUCUCUCUUUCUUUCUCUUUUACUUUGUCCUGUCUUUCUUUCUUCUUCUUUUUUUUCUUUUUUUUCGUCACUCAUUUAAACAAAGUAGCUAAACAUAGUCCAGAAAGAACUGAUUGA